AUGUUUGGGAAGUUGAAGGGCCUCCUCAGUGGCCCGCAGGUGCCAGCGGCUCCCGGGACCACCAGAGUGGCCCCUGACCCUGACCCGGCUCCGGCUCCGGCCAAGGAGGAGAAGGCAGCCGAUAAGGAGAAUGAGGCCGAGAAAAGUCGACACCAGCGCCGACACCGGCCCCGGCCCGGCCCCCCUGCCUGCCCCCCCACACGCCCCGCCCCCUGCCCGCUCUCAGCCUCUCCGCUGCCGCCCUGCCCUGCCGGGCCUGCCCUGCCCCCGGCCACGGCCCCGGGCCCUACAGCAGCUAACCCUGAUCAAGCUGGACCUGAGGGACAAGAGGGGUCCCCUCCUCCGUCCCCACCCGUCGUCAUUAACAAGUACUCGGAUGAGCAGCUCGGAGUCAUCGUCAAGCAGAUGAGAGAGAGACUGCAGUACUACAAGGAGAAGGUGGUCGAUCAGUACGCCUCUUCCCCUGAGAUCAGCCCUCCUGUCACGCCCCUGCUACGCAAAGACAACUACGCAAAAGUCAUAGAGGAGAGGAAGCGACAGGCGGAGGAGGAACGGAUAAAGAAGGAGGAGGCAGAGAAGAAGAAGAAGGAGGAGCAGGAGAAGAAAAAGAAGGAGGACGAGCAGAAGAAGAAGGAGGAGGAGGAGAAAAAGAAAGCAGAGGCUAAAGAAGAGAAAAAGGAGGAGCAGAAGGUGGACAUAAAGACCAAGUUUAUUGAAGCGGCCUGGGUUUCUGUGGACGUUGUGCUGAAGCCAAUUGAGGACAGGGUGGACUCUGUGCUGGGGAAGACCAUUGACCCUUUCACAGACCGUCGCUACAUCGCCUGGCUGUGCCUGGUGACUCUGGCCUUCAACUACAACACCUGGUUCAUCACGGCCCGUCUGUGUUUCCCGUACCACACUGACAGCGCCGUCCCUUACUGGUUUGCACUGGACGUACUGGCGGACCUUAUCUACGUCACGGACUCCAUCAUCUUCCAGCCCCGCAAACAGUUCGUCAAAGGAGGAGACAUCGUAAAAGACAGAGUGAUGACAAAGAGGCACUACAGAGAGUCAGAGAGAUUCAAGGUAGACAUGGUGUCCCUCAUACCUUUCGACUUGCUGUACCUCCAGUUUGGAUUCAAAUCCAUUUUCAGAGCCAAUCGCCUGCUGAAGGCGGAUACGUUUUUUGAGUUCAGUGAUCGUCUGGAGAGCAUCAUGGCCAAGGCUUACAUCUGGAGAGUGAUUCGCACCAUCGGUUAUCUCCUCUUCAUGCUCCACAUCAACGCCUGCUUCUACUACGUGGCCUCAGCCUACCAGGGCAUCGGCGAGACGAAAUGGGUCUACUCCGGCCUGGGCAGCGCUUACCUCAGCUGCUUCUUCUAUGCGGAGAAGUCCCUGCUGAUGAUCGCUGAGUUGCCCUUUCCAGACACCGUGUUCGGACAGAUCUUUCAGAUGACAAACUACCUUUUUGGGGCAUUCUUUAUGUCCGUCAUUCUCGGCCAGAUGAGAGAUGUCAUCGGUGCGGCCACAGCAGGACAGACGUACUUCCGAGCCUCCAUGGACAACACCGUGGCCUACAUGGUGACCAACCGCAUCCCCUCUGUGGUGCAGAACAGAGUCCGCACCUGGUACACCUACACCUGGGACGCUCAGGGCAUGCUGGACGAGUCGGAGCUGCUGGACAAGAUGCCUCUGGUGAUGAGAACCGCCAUCGCUGUGGACAUCAACCUGGCCACCUUUCAGAAGAUUGAUCUUUUCAAGGGCUGUGACCAGCAGAUGCUGGUGGACAUGUUGCUGAGGCUCAAGUCAAUCAUCUAUCUACCUGGAGACUUUGUCGUGAAGAAAGGUGACAUCGGUAAAGAGAUGUACAUCAUCAAAAGUGGAGCGGUGCAGGUGGUGGGAGGCCCCGACAACAGCAUUGUGUUCGUCACGCUGAAGGCCGGCUGCGUGUUUGGGGAAAUCAGUUUGCUGCAGUCUUCCAAAGAUGGAGGAAACAGGCGCACCGCUAACGUCAAAGCCCACGGCUUCGCCAACCUCUUUGUCCUGGAGAAGAAGGACCUGUUUGACAUCCUGGUCCACUACCCAGAGUCCCAGAAAGUGCUGGCCAGGAAGGGAAGGAAACUAAUGAAGGCCAAGGGUCCGGUAGCAGCUAAAGCAGAGCAGGAGAAGAAGAAAGGGUUGGCGCUGUUUGGAACAAAACCGGCUACACCCAAACUGCUGCGCGCUUUUGGAGGAACCAUUAACAGAAAUAUCAUUGACAAAUUGAAGGUAAGCGCACCUGAUUUAUCCGUCCAAUGA